GUGACGCAAUUAGUGGGUCAGUUAAUGGUCCAAGAGUGCUUGUCUUUAAUAAUUAAAUGCAUACAUGUUUGUACAUACAUCGUCUCAAACAGUAGCAGACGAAGACAACCUUUUCAGAGAAUAAUAAUGCACAAUUGUCCUCCAUUAAGUGAAACCACUUGUUUCGUGUUCACUUGAAGCUUCUGUGCGACGAGACGACGUCAUUGAGAAUAAUAAAUACGUGCAUAGUUGGCAAAAUGGUUAGCAAAAAAUAUUGGCGAUUAUAUUACAGAUAUUUACACCGCUGUUGCUGAUGCAACGAGUGAUAGAGUUACAGUUUAUAUGAAACAGUGUUAGUUUUAGUAAAGCGAUCGAUAUAGUUGAUACAUUUUUAUGUUUUUCUUAAUUAGCCGUACAUAAAAAUGGAUCGGGAUAAAGUAUUAACACAUAUGAAACCCGCUCCAUCAAUAAAACAAAGAACGCGUCUUCCGCAACUACGCAAGUUUACAGUGUUGUUAAUAUUACCAUUAGUCGUGCUCUUAAUAUCGUUACAAAAAUGUACACAAGGAGCAAAUAUUGCUAAUAAACUAAUAUCCAAAGAUAACCAAACUUCAAAAUACGUGACAGCCAAGGGUAGUAAAGUAGACAAAUUUUUAAACGAUGUGUUCCCCGUCGGGUUCAAGUGGGGUGUGGGAAGCUCCGCAUUUCAGAUUGAGGGAGGUUACCAAGAAAAUGGAAAGGGACAAAGUAUUUGGGACAAGUUUACCCAAGAUAGUCCAGAUAAUGCGAGCGUAUCGUGUGAUUCAUACCACAAAUAUAAGGAGGACGUCUUGCUAGUGAAGAGUACCGGGGCAAAAGUGUACCGAUUCUCGAUAAGCUGGCCCCGAGUUUUGCCUAAAGGAACGACCGAAAUUGUGAGUAAGGAAGGACUCGCGUACUACAAUGAUUUAAUUAAUGCCUUAAUAGCUGCAGGGAUAGAGCCCAUGGUGUGUCUUUUCCAUUGGGAUUUGCCUCAAAGUCUUCAAGAUGGGGGUGGUUGGCUAAACCAAGAAACUGUUGGAUUGUUCGGUGAUUAUGCACGCUUGGUGUAUCAAACUUUUGGUGAUCGAGUUCGUUAUUGGAUUACCAUGAACGAACCCUUCACUUUCUGCUACUACGGCUAUGACGAGGGGAUAUUCGCCCCCGGAGAUAAGUCCGACCCUGCCACGCACCCAUAUUCCUGCGUCCACUCGCUCAUCAUGGGGCACGCGUUGGCCUAUCGAAUUUACAAAGAGGAAUUCUUUACCCAGCAAAAUGGCAAGGUUGGAAUAUCAUUGGACAAUUUUUGGCAAGAACCGGCCGAUCCUAAUUCUGAACAGGACAAACUUGCGGCUCAGCAAUCAUACAGUUUCCGGUUUGAUUGGAUAGCGUAUCCACUAUUUCGUGGCGAAUAUCCUCCAAUUAUGCGGAAAAUUAUUGACGCCAAAAGCAAGCUGGAAGGGCGCAAGGAAUCUCGGCUACCAGAAUUUGAUGCAGAAUGGAUCUCAAAAGUAAACGGGAGUCUCGAUUUUCUGGGGAUUAAUCAUUUUACGACACAACUGGUAAAAUUCGCCAAUAAUUCAACCACCCAAAACGCUUCCAAUUGGGAAAGUGACACUGGAACGGUUCGGUCCUACGACCCAAACUGGCCCGACACGGGCAGCCACUGGCUUAAAGUUGUUCCCGAAGGGAUUCGAAAAUCUCUUAAAAAAAUCAAGCAAGAUUACCAAAACCCGGAAGUGAUAAUUACCGAAAAUGGCGUCAGUGUGGCCAGCUUGGGGAUGAUUAUGAAUGAUUUAGACGACCUCCAACGUAUCGAGUACCACAGACUCUACAUAAACCAAGUCCUCAAAGCGGUCAAAAUUGAUGGGUGCAAUGUCACUGGCUACGUCGUGUGGAGUCUACUUGAUGGAUUUGAGUGGUCGCAGAGAUACGACACGCAGUUUGGAAUAUUUCAUGUCGAUCACCAAUCCCCGAAUCGAACGCGUACUCCCAAAAAGUCGGUGAAAGUUCUACAGCAAAUUUUCCGAGAUAAUGGUUUCCCUUCAGUAAGCAAACUCCAUAAAAUAUCCGUCAUUUCAGUCUCAGCUCAAGAAAAUAAAUACUCCGGGACAACAGUUUUACUAUGCUCGGCCCCUUUUGCACUCAUGUUUUCAGCGUAUUACGCAUAUGGGCAACUUUCUGCGUGAUGUUUUUUAAAAAUAAUUUUUUAACAAAUCCUGCAUUUCUUUAAAUGUUACAUUAAACGAGGAAUAAUACCGCAUUUUUUAACGGAAUAAAAUUUUGCAGUAACUGAA